UAAUUAAAGUAACUGUUGAUUGGGAUUAGGGACCACAAAUUAGGUUUAAAUAAUAAUUAUACUAUAUAAACUCGGCCGUUAUUUAAAAUCAAAAACUCUUAGGAUCGAGAGAAUCUUCGUCUUCUGCGAUCGAACCAUGGGAGGAGGAAGAGUGAUGGCGACGGCAGCGAAGGUAGCUGGAAUCGGAGUCGCCAAAGGUGGAUUCAAAGGAGGACUCGGCAUCCCCGCGGCUGCGAAUGAUCAGUUUAACGUUAGAAACACCGCCGUUUCCGCUUCGUUGUCAUCGGCGAGUCAUCCUUCCGUCGAAGCAGACGCUAUGGUUAUGCAAAGUGCGAGCUGGGAAGAAGAUUGGGAGUUCGCGGAAGUGGAGACCACCACGACGAUUCCUAGGGUUGUUUUCAGCAAACCUCCGUCUCUUCAAGAGGCUAAAGAAGCCACCGAUGAUCUCAAAGAUGCAAUCAAUAUGGUGUGUAUGGAAGGUUCAAGUGAAGCUGGUUCUGUUUCCAGAAUGUUGUCAAGUUUUCAACUUUCUGACAAGAGAGCUGUUGAAUCACCUGUUCCACAAGUUGCUCUUACGGCAUUUAGUUUUCUCAGUGAAAGCUCUGCCGCGCAGUCUGUUGUUGCUUCCAUUGCGUCUGACCCAAAAGUGUGGGACGCUGUUAUGGAAAACAAGGAUCUCAUGAAACUUCUCGACACCAACAGUACCGCUGCUUCGACUCAGGUUGAAGAUGACAAUGACGACAAAUCUGAAGAUUCUAGCGAGACUGAAAGUGAGGAAGACGGUGAAGCGAAGCCAAUCCAACUCUUGGAGAUUCUGCAGGACAUGAAGCUAAAAGCUGUUCAGUUGAUGGAAAACGUCUCUUCCUACUUUGGGGGUUUGUUCCGGUCAGAAUAUUUCACAGAAAAUGGAGAAGAGAGGGAGCGGACGUUGCUCAACGACCCUACUUCUCUGUUUGGAUUAGCUGUUUGCGUUAUCUUUAUGGUAGUUAUGAAACGUGCUUAAGCUCCAGGUUUUUUAUAACUUGCCGACAUAACAAAACAAAAACCUACUGUUAUCUCUUUCUGCAACUACGUUGCCGUUUAGACUUUUAACUUCUUUUGCUUCGGAAAUUUUUCAUAUAUUGAAGGAACCUUUGGUUGUUUUUUUAUAUAUAUUCUUAUCACU